GAGAAGAAGAAGAAGAAGCUCAAGCGAUCCAAAAAGAAGCUGUCGUUGCAGGAUAAGAAGAAGGAACAGCAGCUCGACUGCCUGGGGAAGCAUCUCGCUGCCCAGUGUUGUGGUCGUGAGCUUUCUGAGGGCGUGAGCCGUGGUGCCGAUGACUGCAGGUUCGAUGACACGUUGAAGGUGAAAGAUAUUGGCGGAGUGGCUGGAGCUCAAGGCGACGGCGACAGUGCCGACGAGUGCAGGACCAUGUCUGUCGUCACGGCGGGCACCGCUGACCCGUCGGCGCCUGCGAGUAUACCGAUGAUCCUCGAGGCGGACGCGGAACGUCUGGAGAAGUUGGUGCAGCUGCUGACG